AUGGCGAAUUAUUUUUUCUCAUUUCAUCAAGCAUUUGGUGGUGCUGGAAUUAUAUUGAGUUAUCCUUUGGCUAGAGCAUUUGCAAAUAAUGUGAUUUCUUGUUUAAAGAGAUAUGCUUUCUUUAGAUCUGCUGAUAGAACUACAAUGAGUUGCACAGCUGAUAUUGGAGUCAAUCUUUCUCCUCUUAUGGGUAGUCAUCAGAUUGAUCUACGAGGUGAUCUAUCAGGGUUUCUAUCAUCCCAUCCAAAAUCUUUAUUAAUAUCCCUUCACCAUUUUGACACGGUUGACCCAAUUUUCCCCUCUUUGGAUCGUGCACAAUCGGGAUAUCAUCUCCUAAAUGCUGCAAAAUAUGAUCAAUCGCGAAUGUUACAACAAACUAUUUGCUACAAAAGAUCCAACAAUUGGACAUUUUCAAUUUCAUGGGGAUAUUCAGCUCAUAUUUAUGAGAAUAUUAUGCCUAGAAGUUUGAUACAAAAUCCUAUUGAAACAUUCAAACCAUGGGGUAACAUUACACUUCCACCACAUUAUAUUUUUGAUACUAGAAAUUUUUCUUGGGAUCCUUGUGAAACCCCUCAUAUGUAUUUCUUCCAGUCUAUUGAGAAAACUCCACAAAACAAAAUUCUUACAAAAUAUAUCAGAGCAUGGCCUCGAGGGAUAGGAGUUUGUUUGUAUCCUGGAAGUUAUCCUGCAGAAUAUGUUAAUGAAAUUCAUGUUUACUCACCAGCAACAAAACGUCUCCAGAUCAAUAGAUGUGAAUGUUGUGAUGUAAUUCAUAAGGCUGGAUCAUUUAAGGCUGCUGUUAGGUACAGAGAGUGUAAGCUAGAUGAGAUAAUAGCUUGA